GAGUGCAGGGGACGGGGCGGCCGGGACGGAUCGCGAAGGGGGCGCCGCGCCGCCGGCGACAUCGCUCCCUCCCCGUGCCCCCUAUGGGGCGGCCGCCAUGUCGCGGCGGGAGGGGUGGGCGGCGGGGCAGGGGUCGCCGCCGGGGGUGGGGUUUAAGGGCAGAAAUCGGAGUUACUGCUGCAAGACUGUGAGGUGUCCCAGGGCCUUGUUGUGGCUCCCCUGGGGGGAACGGGCUGCGAGCCCGCGUCCUGAGGGCAGCGCGGCGGGAGGAUGCCUUCUCGGCGUCGCUCGCCUUGGUGGGGCACGGUCCUUGAGCGAGGGGGGAAAUAAGUAGAAAAACGUUUACUUGUCGCAAAGCUGCCCGAAGAGCCGUUUGUAUGCGCUGACUCACACAGGAGUCAUUUAGGCCUCGGUGCCUAAUUUUGCCAGUUGACGCGAAAAUUAGCCAAAAACGAGCGGGAGAGGUGGGAGCUGUUCACCGCAGCACGUGGGGCUGGCGCUUCGUGGCUGUGGCGAGGGCAUGGCAGGAGGGUGGUGGUGGUCUUCCACGCCUGCACCUUGCUGUCGGAGCACUGAACAGUUUCUGACCACGAUCUCUGAGCAGCCCACACACAAGAUCGCAUCCUGCCGGAGUGAUGGAUGUACAGGCAUGAUGGAGCAGAGAUCUUCAGUGGGUGCAGUGCCUGUAACCAGCCCGGCUUGCUGCUGACAACUGCAACAAGUCUUGGGGAGUAGAAGUAGGAGAGUUGUGAGGUUCAGCCAGUUACACCUUCUGUUACAGACCUCACUGCAAGUUGAACGCGAAAACAGCAAAUAAUAGUAGAAAAGCAGUUCAAGUUUUUAAAUAUAUUAGUAAAUUGUUCCCCUUCUCCUCCACUGAAAAAAAAAAAUAUAUAUAUCUCCAAGAUUUCUCUGACUGAAGGCUAUUCCUUUGCUUUUUAAUUGUGGCUCCUUCUUAUUUAUUAAAUGUUUUCCUGAAACAUACCAUAAAGGAGUUACCAGGGAGCCCCAUAAAAUCUUUUUGACAAGGACUUGGUAACAGGGACUCCAAGCCUGGCUCAGUAACGUGAAGGAGAGAUCGCCUGUUUCCUUGAAGCUAACCCCAAGCUGACACUUCACUACAGACAAACAGUUUGUCAAAGAUGAGGCUAGACGGAGCAGCUUCUUGCUAUCUCAACUAUGGAAGGCCAACUUUGUGCUAACUUGGAGAUUUCUGUGGAAAAACCUCCAGGAACAAGCCCUCUGUCCUUCAUUGCUUUGCUGAAGAUAUACCGAGAGCUUCUGGUCAGUAAAAUCCAAAACACGCAGUGUUUGAUUGACAACUUGAUUAACAAUGAGUACUUCUCCACCGAGGACGCCGAGAUUGUUGUUCAAUUUCCAACUCAAGCAGAUAAGGUUCGCAAAAUCCUAGACUUGGUUCAAAGCAAGGGAGAAGAAGUUUCAGAAUAUUUCAUCCGUGUCCUACAGAAAGUCACUGAUGCUUACUAUGAACUUCAGCCUUGGCUGGAUGAAAUAGGUUACGAGCCUUCAGAGAUUAUUUGUAGCAGACCUGUGGUAAAUACAGAUCCAGUUAGCAGGUAUUGCCAGAAACUCAGACAUGAGCUGGGACGAGACUCCAAGUUUGUUAUGUCAUAUGCUCAGAGGGAAGAGAUGCUGCUUGAAGAAACUUACUCUAACAGUAUUAUGGAGAUGGUCAAUUUCACCAAUGAGAGCCUAGGUGAAGUGUGUCAAUUAGAAGCCCUUUUUGAUGAUGCAGUUGGGCUAAUUAAUGAGGAUGGAGAGACUAUUUAUGUCUUUGGCGAUGCAGGAAUUGGAAAAUCUAUCUUGCUGCAGAAGAUACAAAGCCUGUGGGCCAGAAAACAGUUGGAUAUAGGGGCCAAAUUUUUCUUCCGUUUCCGAUGUAGAAUGUUUAGUUGCUUUAAGGAAGAUGAAGCCAUAUGUUUGAAAGACUUGCUCUUCAAAUAUAAUUGCUACCCAGACCAGGACCCCGCAGAGGUGUUCCAUCACAUCUUACAAUUCCCUCAUACGGUUCUUUUCACGUUUGAUGGCUUUGAUGAGAUCUAUUCCAACUUCGAUCUGAGUAGUGUUCCUGAGAUGUGUUCACCCGAUGAACCCAUCCACCCCCUGGUGCUGCUGGUAAGCCUACUCAGAGGAAAGCUUCUUAAGGGAUCCAAGAAAAUUCUUACAGCACGGACGGGAACUGAGAUCCAAAGAAACAUCAUUAGAAAGAAGGUGUUGCUCCGUGGUUUCUCCAGCAGUAACCUGAAGGAAUACACUGCCAUGUUUUUCAAAGAUGAGGGGCAACGAACACUGGUAUUGAACCAGCUGGAAGCUAACCCCAAUCUCUGCAGUUUGUGCUCAGUGCCUUUAUUUUGUUGGAUUAUCUUUAAAUGCUACGAACACUUCCAUUCCAUGUAUGACAGCCACGAACUUCCAGACUGUUCUGUUACAUUGACAGAUGUGUUUCUGCUAAUGGUUGAAGUCCAUCUGAACCGGUCUCUGAAAACAAGUUUGCUGAAGAACAACACCAGGAGUCAAGCAGAGAUGUUCAAAGCAAGAAAGGAAACUCUUCUAGCCUUGGGUAAAAUUGCAUACAGAGGGAUGGGGAACUCCUUCUUUAUCUUCGAGCAGGAGGAGGUCACAGCAGCAAACAUCUCUGAAGAAGAUUUGCAAUUGGGUUUUCUCAGGACAGUUAAAGGUUAUACUGGCUUUGACAGUCAGUCCACUUAUGAGUUCUUGCACUUAACCCUUCAGUCUUUUUUCACAGCUUUGUUCGUGGUUAUUGAAGAGAGAGUGGGCACCAAGGAGUUACUUCAGUUUUUCAAUGAAUGCUCUUCCACUGAGACUGCCCAGCCUACUUGCCUUCACAUCCCUUGGUUGAAGAAACACCUGGCAGGGGAGGAUCCAUUCCGAAACAACGAACACUUCCAUUUUACCAACCUUUUCCUUUGUGGCCUGCUUUCCAGAUCCAAGCAGAAGCUCUUCAGGCACUUAGUUUUGCCUGCAGUCAUUAAGAGGAAGAGAAAGACACUCAUCACAUACCUUGGGGAGAGCAUGAAAUCCCACCUGAAGGGCCUCACUCGGUCCAGGCUCCUCAACUACAAUCAGAUUCAGGUCCAGCCAAAUUUUGUUUGGAUGCUGAGGUGCCUUUAUGAGACUCAAAGCGAGAAAGUGGGCAAGCUGGCUGCCAAACGCAUGCACGCCAAUUACAUCAAGCUGACAUACUGCAAUGCCUACUCCGCUGACUGCAGUGCCAUUUCCUUUGUCGUGCACCACUUCCAGAAGCGCCUGGCUCUGGAUUUGGACAACAACAACAUCAAUGACUAUGGAAUAAAACAGCUGCUGCCAUGUUUCAGCAAGCUUGCCGUGAUCAGGCUCAGUGUAAAUCAAAUCACAGAUCAUGGAGUAAGGAUAUUAUAUGAAGAACUCUCCAAGUACAAAAUUGUGACUUUCUUGGGCUUAUACAACAAUCAAAUCACUGAUGUUGGAGCCAAAUAUGUUGCGAAACUCAUUGAAGAAUGCUCAAGCCUUGAAUAUGUUAAAAUAGGAGCAAACAAAAUAACUAGCGAAGGAGGGAAGUGCCUCGCCCAGGCCAUCCAGAAGAGCAAGACAAUGUUUGAAAUUGGGAUGUGGGGUAAUCAAGUUGGAGACGAAGGUGCAAAGGCGUUCGCAGAGGCCCUGAGGAACCACCCCACGUUAACGAACGUGAGUCUCGCAUUCAAUGGCAUCACGUCAGAGGGAGGCAAAAGUAUUGCUGAAGCCAUGCAGCACAACAACUCCGUGAAAAUAUUCUGGUUGACAAAAAAUGAGCUGGAUGAUGAGGCAGCAAUGAGUUUUGCAGAGAUGCUGAAGGUCAACAAGAAACUGGUGCACUUAUGGCUUAUCCAGAAUCAAAUUACAGCCAAAGGGGUGAAGUACCUCAGCGAAGCUCUCAAGGAGAACACGGCUAUUAAAGAAGUCUGUUUGAACGGGAACCUGAUAAGCCAAGAAGAAGCCAAAGCUUUUGAAAAUGAAGAGCGGAUCAUUUGCUUCUGAGUGAGGACUUUGCCAUUUUGACAAGCUUCGUGUUACAAAGACUGCUCCUACACUUGGACUACAGAGUUUAUAAAGGCAUAAACCAGCAGUACUCGUGGCAGGAGAGAGAGACGUGAUUAGCUGCGUUUUUAUGAGCAAGCUGCCCUCCCUCGGCUCCAUCCCUUACCCUGCUCGCUAUUCUUAAUCCUUUCGGUGAGUGGGAAGUUGCCUUGGUAAAUAAUUCAUGUCUGUAUCCUGCUUUGAAGAUGAAACGCAAAGUGCUAACAGACCAAAUCGAGGAGCAGGUAUAUGGAUUUGGGUAACUGAGUUUAGAUUUAUUCUGUACACUGAUGUAAAUAAUCUCUAAUUUAUUUAUACACACGCGUACACGAGAAGGGGUGCAAGAUGCCCAGACUCCACAAGCUCACAGUAUUAUCUGCUUCAUAACUGAAAACGAUGGUCUUACUGCAAACAUAAACUGGCUGUAAUAGUUGCAUGGAACCGAUGCUAUCAGCAUGAAUCCUCUUCUACUGCCUAGAAAUGAGGCCUUCAUGUUCCCACUGGAAAACAGUAGUUGUAGGCACCAUAUUUUCUUUUUUUUUUUGAUAAAUGGAUACGUGAGAUUCAGGUUACCUUUAAUAAUCUUUUUUUUUUCCCUAUUGAAACCAAUAGAUGUUCUUUUACACAAGCAGAAAACCUUACUACCAUCGCUGCAGAAUCAUAAUACUGGCAGUAAAACACUUUUGCUUAAAAUUUCCUGAGGGCUGCAUAGAAACUGCCACCUCCUGCUUUCACAGUAUUUGUUCUGGGGAGAGGGUCUGGAGAUAAAUGUGAAAAAUUAAUUAGCAGGCUGUUCAUUGCCUUGGCUCUUGGCCUAGACACUGUGCUGGUGGCAAUACACCAAUAUGAAGUUGCCUAGCUUCAGAGGGGGAGAAAGGACAAUUGAAAAUCAAUUGCGUCAAGUGGAAAUCCCUUCUCCCAGCAACAUGUAAGCACAAAAAAGCACUGAGAUUUGCUUGGAAACUUUUUAUCCUAUGCGUCAACUAGUGCUAAGCACAAGGCAAGGUGCACGUAGCAAUGAUAAGGACCAGCAAGACAACACUAUCCCCUUCCAAAGUAAUUAGCGUUUAGAGAAUGUUACUUGAGAAAGCCUUAAAAGAAACCAGUUUACAGAGAAGCAGGGUGCUUGAUAUUUAUUUCUUGGUGCAUAUUAGGCAUUCUUCAUAAGGGGAAUCUCAAAUUCUACCUUAUACUGCUUACAAAGAGCCGAAAAUGGAAAAGCACGAUCCAGCUUCCUUCCUUCUGCCAUGCUGUUGUCCCCCUAAAACUUUGAGAAAUGAUUCUGCAGUUGCUGACUAACCCACAAAAUUUCUUGACUAACCAAAAAAAGGCUUUCUCUAUAGGUUUUCUCCUUUUCCUGCUUGGUAGCAGACCUUUACCAGUUCUCAGUUAUGUCUGCUCUUUCCAGCUCCUUAACAUAUUUUACAAUACUCAUAAAGCUUUUCACAAAAUAAGCAGUUUAAAGAAAAAAAAAAGAUUAAAAACAACCUAGUAAUUAUUUUUCAGUGACUUUUCGUCCCUGCCCAUGCUAUCAGCACUGAUUUUUUAGAUGGAGGCAGGCAGAUGAAGCUUUCAGACUGUGCCAGAGGAAAGUCAGUGAAUGAUUUCUGCACCUGAGCCAUUUGUUUACUGAAGCAAAAGGGCACAGUUACAUAUGAGCUGGAUUUCAGUUGCAAAAACAUCUGCCAAAACCAGGCCUUUAAAGCUUUCUCAGUCACUUCAACAAAUCAGACACCCGUGCACCUCGUCAAAAUCUUGUUCCUGGUUUAUCUUACGAAGGGAGGAGACACCAGGGCGAGAAGGGCCUUCCCCAGAGCUGUCACUUGCCUGUGUUGGCAGAGUGCUCCCAGUUUGCUCUAAUCAUUGAAUUAUUUGCUUGUUUUCUGUGCCAGUCACACCCCCUUGGUUUCAGGGAAGAUUUCAGGUUGCAAGAGCUCUUCUGGGCUGGCCCAAAGGUCUGGGUCCAGCUGAGUCUGGCUCUGACAACCGAGAGGUUUCCCAGCACCCUGCUCCCAAGUCGCGUCACAGCUCUGGGAUGCUGGGGCUGGCGAAACUGCUCGGGGGCUGCUUGAGUGUCCUACUUUGUUGGCACAGCACUUGGGGCUGCAUUUCUUUCUUUGUAGUCUUACCAGACUACUUGCAGGGAGCUCCUGAUCAACACUUUUGCGGUUUGCAGCGAGAGCCAUGUUUACUGGAACACAGACACAACUGUAACUUUUUAAGACUUGCUUGUAAUUUGUGAAGACGUUCUCUGUAUGCAGCAUUAUGUUUUUUUCUGCUUGUCUGCUGUGAUAAUAAACGGCUUUUUAAAGAACUCCAACAGGCUGCCUGCAAGUUCUUUGGCUUUGCUGAAGCAGCAU